AUGUGUGGAAAGUGCUUCAGGUGUACUGGGAAGUCCCUGAAAGAAAGGAAGAAAGCUGAGAAAAAACUGGCCCUCAUGGCCAGGAGCAGGAGGGCUAGAACAGCCCACACACUGAAGGUCAAGCUGGAGGUGGUGGAGCGUGCAGAGCGCGGGGAGCGAAACAAAGACAUUUCUUUAGCCAUGGGCUUGUCAAAGUCUACAGUCCGUACCAUAUUCAACAACCGCGAGAGGAUAAAAGCAAGCGCUGAAAAUCUGCAGAGCGAAAAGUUAACCAAGGUGACAACCGGGCGAGCAGAAAUUUACGAAACUCUGGAGAGGCUGCUGGUUCAGUGGAUUGACUGCCACGGCGAUCGGGGCGCCCCAUUGUCCUUCCUCCUCAUUCAGGAGAAAGCGCUGUCCUUGUUUGAGGAUCUGAAGAGGAAGAAGGCGGAGAAGGGGGAUGCGAGUGCUGUAGGCAUGGGGUUCAAGGCGAGCAAGGGGUGGUUUGACAGAUUCAAGAGGAGGGCGUACCUUCACAACGUUAAACUAAGGGGAGAUGUAGCUACUGCCGACACUGCGGUCGCAUCAACCUACCCCACACAUUUCCAGGAAAUCAUUGAGGAAGGCGGGUACCACCCGAAGCAGAUCUUCAACAUGGAUGAAACAGGGCUGUUUUGGAAGCGCAUGCCGUCUCGGACGUGCAUCUCCAUCCAGGAGGCAAAGGUGCCGGGGCCCAAGGUUUCAAAGGACCGCCUGACGCUGCUCCUGGGGGGUAAUCUAGAGGGUGACGCAAAGCUAAAACCCCUGCUUGUGUACCACUCAGAGAACCCCAGGGCGCUGAAGGGGAUCCCCAAAUCAACUCUGCCCAUUUUGUGGCGUUCCAAUAGAAAGGCAUGGGUCACCCGCGAAGCUUUCAGCGACUAUAUCAGGAGCUACUUUUCUCCUUUUGCAGCUGACUAUUGCCGGGAGAGUAACCUGGACAACAAAGUGCUUCUCCUGCUGGACAACGCCCCUGGCCACCCUGUCAGCAGCCACGAUUAUUCCGACAAUGUCCGUGUUAUGUUUCUGCCUGCCAACACGACUUCGUCAUUGCAGCCUAUGGACCAAGGAGUGACCGACAAAUUCAAGGCUUACUAUCUGCAGCUUGUCAUGAAACACAUGGUCACGAAGAGUGCCGAAGACAACAGCAGAAGCCUCGUUGACAUUUGGAAAGAAUUCAACAUAAGGAAGGCUGUGGAUUUCAUUGCUACAGCUUGGUCGAUGGUUACAAAAGAGACUCUAAACGCUGCCUGGAAAAGCUUAUGCCCCAAGUAUGUUCGUGAUCACAGAGCGCUGGCGAAGGACUUGCCCGCUGCACAUAAGACUAUUGUGGACCUGGCAGCACAGGCUGGCUUUGAGGGUGUGGAUGAGGAGGACGUGCGAGAGGUGCUUGCGAGUCGCACGGAACGCCUUACAAACGAGGAGCUGAUUCAGCUCGAUGAGCAGUGCUUUGGUGGGAAGAGGGAAAAGGGUGAGGGCAAGGAAAAGGAACAGAAAGUUAUCGGCAUGAAAACGCUAACUCAGAUGUUGGCACUGCAAGGUGGCUUACUGUCCGUGACGGGGGAAUAUGACAACAACUUCGAAUGUGCUCUAAACACAGAAUUGAUGCUCGACGAAUUAAUGGAGCCCUAUACGUUUCUCCAUGACAAAAACCAGAGGGAGGCAAAGCAGCCCACAGCCCACGAUCCUUUUCAUAGGGAGCCAAAAGACAGCACUUCUGAUCUCGAAGCCUUGCCUUCCACAUCUGGUUACGUUCCUCCCGAAAAGGAAGUUGCCAUCAAGGAAGAGAUCGUGGUCAUCGAGGUGAAUGCGGAAGAAAUGGAAACUGAACCUGCAGACAGAACUGAUUCGCAAUCUUCCAUUUCCUUGAGUUUCUCUUGCCCUGCACCAUCGCCUUGA